AUGAAGCACAUGGAGGGACCGCUGAGCAAGUGGACCAACGUAAUAGAAGGUUGGCAGUACCGCUGGUUCGUACUCGACGAAGAAGCCGGUAUACUCUCUUAUUACACGUCUAAAGAAAAAAUGCUGAAGGGUCAACGCAGAGGUUGCGUCAGACUUAAAGGUGCCAUCGUUGGAAUAGACGACGAAGACGAUAGUACCUUUACCAUCACCGUUGAUCAAAAAAUGUUUCACUUCCAAGCUCGUGAUUAUGAGGAACGAGACCGGUGGAUCAGAGCUUUGGAGACUACAAUCCAGCAACAUUCUGAUUUUUAUCGUUUAAAGUACAAGACUACACACGCAGCCUUACCGAAUUCCUUAUUCAACUUAGAUCUGUUUGACCGUAGAAUUUCUGAGGCAGACGCCUAUCUGCAGAUGAUGAUCGACGGUGUCAAGAAAAUCAAAGCAUUCUGCGAAACUACCGAACCCAAAGACCAGACGGAAGCCGGUUCCGAUGUGGUGGUCAUCACGCACGCCCUGCUCGAAUCUUUCAAGCAUUUGAUUGUGCUUCUGCAGCUUGCUAAAGGCAUUGUCGAAUGUUCUAAAGCGCAUUAA